AUGACGAAAGAAGUCGUUCUCCCUCUGAACUCGACGGAAAUCCAGAGGACAAAGUCCCAGAUCCGUCGCCUCCGUGUCGAUCGUACACAAAAUCCCGUGCAACUCCAAGCUUUCGAAUGGAACCUUCCUGCCGACCAUUCACAUUGGAAGCGUCUGAGGCUAGCACUACCAGGACUGAGGGCUGUUGGUAUCAAUAGCCUUUGGCUCCCUCCCGGCAGCAAAGCCAAAGAUCCAGAGAGCAAUGGCUACGACAUUUAUGACGCAUGGGAUCUGGGAGAGUUCGACCAGAAGGGUUCUGUACCUACGAAAUGGGGGACCAAAGAAGAUCUAGUGGCACUAGCAACCGACGCCAACAAGAACGGCAUCGGGCUCGUCUGGGACGCCAUCCACAACCACCGGGCGUACGCCGACAGCACAGAGAUGGUCAAAGUUGUAGAGGUUGACCCGAGAGACAGACGCAUAGACAUCACUGAUGUUUAUGAGAUUGAAGCUUGGACCAAGUUCAACUACACCGCCAGAAAGGGCAAAUACAGCACAUUUACAUACAACAAGACGCAUUUCAACGGCACCGACUGGAACCAGCAAAACAGCAAGAGAGCAAUCUACAGAUAUGUAGAGGACGGCAAGAACUGGCAUCAAGAUGUCGGAACGAGCCAGGGCAACGCCGAUUACCUCAUGCUCGAGAAUCUGGACUACACCAAUCCCGAGGUUGUCAAGGAGCAGACCCAGUGGGGAAAAUGGAUCGUGGAGGAACUAGGUCUCAAAGGAUUCCGUGUGGACGCCGUGCAACACAUCUCGUCGAACUUCGUCAAUGAAUGGUCAAAGUACCUCAAGAAGACCAGUCGACAAGAUCUCAUGUUUGUCGGCGAGUUCUGGCAUGGAGACGUGCGGGUGUUGACGAGUUGGUUGGACCAAAUGCACCCGUUCUUCCAGCUGUACGACGUGCCCUUGAUGUAUCACAUUGCAAGGUUAUCAUGGCACGAGGACACAGACUUGAGAGAGGUGUUCAAGAACACGCUGGUUGAGCAACGACCCAACAACGCCGUGACUUUUAUCCGCAACCACGAUACCCAGCGUGGCCAGGCUAUGGACACGCCAAUCUCAGCCGAAUUCAUGCCUUUGGCAUAUUCUCUCAUUCUACUCCGUCGGGAUGGUCAUCCCUGCGUCUUCUUCGGAGACAUGUACGGCACUGGUCUUCCUCAUCUUGAGCCUUCUGUGCCAGACCUGCCCAACAUUUUGUUAGCAAGGAAGCUUUAUGCCUAUGGAAGGCAAAAAGACUACUUUGACCGACAUGACUGUAUCGGCUGGGUAAGGCAAGGAACGGAAGAACGACCUGAUGGCCUUGCUGUCGUCAUGAGUUGGACACAAGCACAUGAGGCUGAGUCCCAGCUUUGCAUGCAGGUUGGACGUGAGCAUGCCGGCGAAGUUUGGACAGACGUCAUGGGCUCAGAGCCUGCAGUUGCCAUGAUUGACGAGAAUGGCCUGGGGCUCUUCCCUUGCAGGCGAAAUACCGUGGCGUGUUUCGUCAACAAGGACGCCAAGGGAAGGAAAAGAUUCCCCGCUCGGUUUGACACUGAUUUCAACGGCCUUUUGAAUUAA